CGGUCCCAGCUACAGCGCAUGCGCCAGAAGUUGCUGCCGCAGACAGCAGCAACAGCAGUGAUUCGGCAGCACAGGGCAACGGGAGAAAAUCUGUCCGUUUUAAACCAUGGCGACGUACUAAACGAUGCCUUUCGCAGAGGUAAACGGAGAGUAAGUAGUUGUAUCUUUAUAACACGCCUGCUGUCCGACACCGUGUGACGUCCUCUGAGAGUGUGGCGUAAAUAUUAGGAAAGGUUGAGAAGGCAACAAUGGGACUGUGUAUGUUUCAGACUGGCUGGCUAGGUUAGCUAGCCAGGAGCCUGGGCAGUCAGCUGGCACGCUGACUGGUAACAUACAGGUUUAUAGCUACUGUACUGCUCUCCUGCAUUGGCCCUGUAUCUACUGUAAAGCUCCCAUCAAAGGCUUAAAUCUCUCUGAUACUCAACUAUGUUUUAGUUAGAGGGAAAAGCCAUAAAUUCUCGAUUAGAGCUGAUGAUAACUGUACAAACUGGGCUUAUGUUGUGUUGUGUUCAGUUGGUUAGCUAGUUUAUAUUGUGCAAUGUGACAGCCACCAGUGCGGAUUAAGCUGAGCUGUAUUUGCCUGCUAAAGUAUCAUCGUCAUCAUCAUCACACUCGUAUGUUCACCGAUUAAAAAUGUCAUCAACAAUGAUGCAGGUAGUUUUGCGCCUCAUCUCAAGCUAAAUCGUAAGUGGUUCUCCAAUAAGAAGCCAGUUGCGGAUGAAAGUUACAAGUUCGGUUAUUUUAUACUGCUUGCUACCUUCAAAGUUGUCUACCCCUGGCUAGUGUCCGAUAUAAUCAUGAAAGCGUGCAACCAUUUGCCAAGAUUUAGAGUCUCGGCCGUCUCCACUCGACUGUACAGAUGCUGUGCGCCCUCCUUGCUCUCCAGGCGCGUCUGCAAAUGGCACCUCUUAAACAUAACGCCACGGGGAAGUGUUUCCACCUGCAAAAGCAAGUGUUAAAGGUGAUAACAAAAGGUUGACGUCACCGAGCUCAUCCUGAUCCUGCCGCACAACCUCGACCGCUGAGGAGGUGGAGGAGGAGGAGUGCAGGAGUAGUUUCAGAGGACGAGAACAGCUUCUGUUUUUAAUGCUAGGACGUCUAAUGGUUCGUGUCUGGAAGGAAAAGGUCUAUCGCUGAUCAAAUUUCGGGUAUCCUAAGGGCGCACUUAACUAAUGGGAUCAUAUCGACGUUUCUCCCCCUCCGAGCCCAAUCUUUACACGGCGGAAUGUUAAUGUUGUCACAGCCUGUCCGUGUUGUCUUUGGCUGCUCUGCUUUUAUUGCUGUAAUCGGUCUGUAAUGUCAUGGAGCUUGUGACGGAUUUGAUUAAAAGGCAACUCUUCUGUUCUAUGACUGGCCGGACUAUGGAAGUUAUCUGCUUUGCGCUUCACAUGUGUGAGGAGAAGUGUGUGUCCCAUGUUGCAUUAGUGUCUGUGUGAAAUGCUGGCCUGUCUGCCAGGGCCAGGUGACCUCCCCCUCCAGCUUCUCCCCCACACGCAGAUGAACACUGGACUUCAGAAAUGGGACACCACACAAAGGAUGAGAUCCGCUCCGUUUCCAACCCCUGCAGAAUUGGAUGCAUAUGCUAAGAAGGUUGCCAACAACCCCCUCACCAUUAAGAUCUUCCCCAACAGUGUCAAGGUCCCCCAGAGGAACCACGUGCGCCGUACUGUCAACGGGCUGGAUACGUCAGGCCAGCGCUACAGCCCUUAUCCUUCCUCUCAGGCCAGUGCCAAGACAGGCCUCCUCGCCAUCGUCAAGGUGCCCACUGUCAAAGGCAUCCUAAAAGAUUUUGACGGUAGCCGGGCUCGCUUGCACCCUGACGUCAUCAUGAACCCCCUUACGGGACCCUAUCAGGUGGCUUCAACCAGCACUUUAAACCACCAGGUGCAGAACCUUCCCCGGCCCCAGCAGAGGUUACCCCUUCCACCGCAGGACCCCCCUCAGACUGUGCAUAUACCCCUUCCCCAGCAGCAGGUGCACACCCAGAGUCUCAGACAGCCUCCCCCAAUGGCCCAGCACCCUCAGGGCCCAUCCAGACUCCAGACUCAGUCUCAGCACCCAGCUCUCGGGCAAACACAGGGGCCACCUACUGUCAUGCUCCAGCAGCAGCACCUUCAGCAGCAGCAGCAGCAGCAGCCUCCACCUGGCCUGCAGGGAAGCAGAAAGCUUCCCGAUGGUGAUGCACCACCUAAUGUUACUGUCUCUACCUCAACCAUUCCACUCUCUAUGGCUGCUGGUCUGCACCAGGGCCGCCAGGCUGACCUGAACACCAUCGUACAUCAGAUCAACCAAUUCUGCCAAGCUCGGGCCCAGGGUGCAGGAACCACCUCCAUGUGUGAGGGCCAGAUCGCCAACCCCAGCCCCAUCAGUCGCAACCUGCUUAUCAGCGCUUGUUCUAGGGUUUCCAUGCACAGUAACCCUGCCACCCCUGGCUUCCCCCCACCCAACUGCAUCAUUGGCUCUCAAGAGAAAGCCACAGCCCCAGUGGGAGCUCACCCUCCACCCAGUGUGGCUGCUAUGAACCACUUGCCUUCCAACCACACUGAUCUUAAGCAGCAGCACCAGCUGCAGCAGCACCAACUGCACCCACAUCAGAAUCAGCAGCAGCAACUACAACACACCACGCAGCAGCAGCAGAAGAUGCGCUCUUGGAAUCAACAUCAGUUGGCUCAUGUACCCCACAUUCAGAAUGGGGGGAGCCACCUCUGCAAGCAGCCUUCCAGGGACGCCACCUUCCAUUUUAAGGGCAUGGGCUACCCUGCAGAGGUGUGCGUGGGUCAGCCUUACUCACUAAAACCUCCCGUAGAGAGGCCCACCCCCUCCCCACCUGUUAACAACAAUGGCAUGCCCGGCCCCAUGGCCCACUACACUAACGGUCACUACUUCCAGUCGCACAUUUGGAACAGCAGCAUCCUACCCACACCCAACAGUGACAGCUCCGGGUCUCAGGACAUAGCCAUGCCAUUCCACGGUGCAGGCCCAGGAGGGUGCACCACGCUAGACUGUGGGCCCCCUGGGGCUCCCCAUUACCGGCUAGGAUCAAGCUCCUCCUCCUCCUCCUCCUCCUCCGCCCAGACUAAUCUGAUGCAAACAGCAGAUUACUUGGGUGGGGACUUCCAGACGCCCUAUUUCCGCGAUCAGAAUCUAGGGUUGAUGGGCAAGAUGCACAGGCCCCCUCUGAGCAGGGUAGGUCCAGAGGUUGGGGAUGGCAGAACCGCUCUCAUCCAGCACCCAGGGUACAGAUAAGCUAUGGCCUUGUCUCCACAACUGUUAUCAGCACCCUUUGUUUAGUCUUAAGAAAGGAAACAUGAAUAAAACUCAACUUAUAACUUAAGCAAAUGACUGCUAAUGUUAAAGAGGGUAAAUUAAUAUAUUUAAUGAAGAUCAGUAGUUUUUUUUUUUGUUUGUUUGUUUGUUUAAUCUUGCAAGUGAUCAAUUGCUAAUUCUAGGUUUGUUAACGAGGGCUUCUAACUGGCACUUCAUACUGUUUAUUACCUGCUUUUUCCCCUUGAUGAUACUUGUCAAUUUACGUGCCUGGAUCUCAAGUGAUCCUGUGUCAUUUCUACUUCAGACCUGCCACUAAAGUUUCCUUAUGCAUGCAAGAAAGAAAAGCAGAUCCCUCUCUGAAAAAACAUCUGCUGAUAGAUUUUUCUUCUUGUUCCUGUAACAGGAUCAUGUCAGGAAAUUUUUUGGCUCCGACUAGGUUCAUUAAAUUUGUUUCAUUUCGAUGAUUAAACGCAGUCACUUCAGGACAAAAGAGAGAGAGAUGACCGUGCUUCAAUGCAAAGCCAUCAGUUAGUGAAGUAUAACAGAGUCCAGCUGGGACCUGUUCCAGAAAGCAGGUUUAGUUAGUUUGAGUUGAUGAAGUGCAGCUGGGUCAGUCAGCUUAGGUAAUAUUAAAAAAAAAAAAAAAAAAAAA